UGCAAACUGCGUGUCAAGCUGGAUGGUGCUAUAAAUACAAGUCCCUGCUACUCGAUUCUCUUCUCAACAUAGCAAAACAAAACCAAACACCAUGAAAAUCCAGCACUCAUCUUCUCUCUACUACUCACUCAUUCUUCUCUUCUUAGCUACUACUACUAUCCUAGUAUCACCUUCGCAUGGAGCUUUGGGAAAAUGCAGUCUUAGUGACUACAAAGCUCUUAUGAAUUUUAAGAAAUCUCUAAGCCCUUACGAGUCUUCUUGGGAGUUUUCUUCAUGGGUUCAAAAUACAGAUUGCUGUGACUGGCAUGGAGUCACCUGUGAUGAGAAAACCAACCGUGUAGAAGGACUCGACAUCUCCGCAAGUGAUACCUCUGGCCAAAUUCCGUCCUCAGUAGGUGACCUUCCUUACCUCGUAUCUUUUGCUUUCAGUAACUCCAAAAAUGUCACUGGUUCAAUCCCGCAGUCUAUCACAAAGUUAAAGCAUCUCAGAACGCUAGCACUCGGCUCUUUGAGUCUUUCCGGGCCGGUUCCGAACUUCCUUAACCAACUCAGUGCUCUAACUUACCUCGAUCUCUCAUACAAUCAGUUCUCUGGUUCCAUUCCUCCCAGUCUCUCUGACCUUAAUAAUAUCGAAACUAUCCAUCUCGGCGGGAACAAACUCACGGGUUCAAUCCCGGAGUCAUUCGGGAGAUUCACUGGUAUGGAUAGCCUUCAGUUGUCUGGCAAUAAACUCACUGGUCCGAUCCCGAAAUCUGUAGGAGCUUUGAAUAUUCGCUAUAUUGACUUGUCAAGGAACAAACUUGUCGGAGAUGCAUCCAUGCUCUUUAAUCCUAACCAUGGUUUGACUUCCCACAUGGAUUUGUCGCGGAACCAGUUUGAGUUCGAUCUGUCAAAGGUUGAGUUUCCAAAGGAUUUAAAUUGGUUGGAUAUAUCAUAUAACAAAAUCUUUGGUGGAAUCCCCAAAGAGAUUCAGAGUUUGGAUAAUUUGUAUAAGUUGAAGGUGGGUUACAACAAGUUGUGUGGUAAAAUACCAGCUGGAGGGAUCAUGCAGCGUUUCAAAAGCACUUCUUUUAUUCAUAACAAGUGUCUGUGCGGCUCACCGUUGAGAAGCUGUUAGAGAAAGUGAUGGGAAUAACAUUUUGAAGAUCUUGUAAGAGAUAGGGGUCUUGUAAUAUCUAUCUCGAUCAAUUAGGGGUUAAUCGAGUAUUUUAUGUUGUUGUUAGUGAUCUACCGCUUAAUGUAUCUGUUAGUUUAAUAGUCUCGUUUUGCUAAUAUUUGCUAAUAUAAGUAUUACUGUUAACUUCAUUAAACCUUGUAAUGUACUUAUCAGAGAGGAAUCCUCCAAUUAACGCAGGCGCACAAGAUACAGUGGUUGAAGAUGUUGCAAAAUCCAUGAGCAAAAAAAGACGCGUGAUUUACAGUUAUGAUUUUAAAUUCAAAGAUAUUCCAGAU